CGGAACAGUUGAGACAUUGACAGUGGAAGCUAAUGAAAUAAAAAUUGAAACACUUGAGCACGAAAUGGCUAUGAAUGGAUCUGAAUUAAGCAAUAAGUCUCUUGAAGUUCAUUCAGAUGACGGCAAGUUUGUGUUACAAGUUUUCUCCAAGAGGGAUGACUACUCAGAGGGCUUAUUAGCAAUUCCAAUACAACAAAUGAAUGGACCAAACCAACUCAAUAAAACUGUGUACGAAUUCGUCGUCGCUACAUUUUGUGCGGUAGGUGGGUAUUGUCAGAUUGCUAUAGCUGCGGUAGAAAACAACACAGAAGUUUUUGUCGACAUUCCGGAAAAAGUCGAAGAAAUAGCAAUUUGUAAUAAAUCAUCGUAUUUCCGCUCAAAAAGGGACAAAGGCUUUACGAUGAACAAAUUUGAUGCCUUACAGCUUGAAACCACAUACGAUCUGACCGGAACAGUUAUUUUUAGUUUUAAGCCUAUUGCUGUAUUUGCUGGAUCAAGAAAUGUAACUAAUGGCGACAUUGUUGCUCAUACAAUGGAACAACUUGUGCCUUCUUCACAUUGGGGAACGGAGUUUGUAGUCAAGACCUUAGGCUCUAAUGGAUAUGGUGAUCUUUUAAAGAUAGUGAGUCACUAUACAAGCACGGUGGUUACCAUGAGUGGCUUCCCGUCCUUCAACAUGACAGAGAGAUAUCAGACCGUGACACGACGGCUUAGCAAUGGGACGAGAAGUCACAUAGAGGCUUCGCACCCAAUACAGGUAAUUCAGAUAUCUGGACUAACAUACGCCACAGAAGUUGAAACAUCAAUGCUAAGUAUGACUGUAGUUCCAUCAGUACAAAAUGCCUGGCAAUCCUUUAAGGUUGCUUGUCCGGAAAGUUACUCAACAACGCAAUUUCAAAUUGUAUCAGAAAAAAAAUCAUGCACAAACACUCAUGCAGAUCCUGCCAACCAUAAUGACUUUGAGUCGUGUGCGAAAGAAAAGGACCUUUCACGGGUGAAAUACACCAAAUACGUUAUAGGGAACAUUCUUGGGACCGCUAGUGGAAGUGUCCAAAGUCUGAAAAAUACUGCGUCUAACAUCAGCGGAAUACUUAAAUGUGGGCAGACUAUUUUGUUGCCAGUUGGAAUUCUAUACAAUGAGAAUGUGCUGGGAACGAUUCCUGUUGAAACUCCUGAAUAUCCUGGAGGAGUCUGCAAAGAAGGUGGCAAAGGCACAACGGCACCAAACCUUCCUUAUCACCUAGACUUGCAAAAAUAUUCAGAGCAUGCGCUUCAUCUUAGAGUUCAGGUUUGCGGGUCUGCAACUUUGCGAUUUAUGAGCUUGUCAACUACGAUAGAUGCACUAGUUAGCUAUGAAGGAAUACAGAUAGCCUCAUGCGAAACUUCCUGUGAAAUUCUUAAUAAAAGUUCAACUGAAGACAGUUUCAACAAAGACGCAGGUAUCAGCUGUACAUCUGACAUGUCGUUUUUCUGGUUCCGACAAGUUAAUAGUAUGUUUUGUCUAGGAACUGGCUAUCACAACGAAGACGAAUGUGUUCAAGGUUCCACACGGGACAAUGUAAUACGAAUUCGAACGACUGACUCUAUCACCAAUGUUUCAAUGAUGGGCACAGUUGCGGAGGCGACCUUUAAUUGGGAUUUUAUACAUGUCAAUGGUUGCAAGGAAUACGAAAAUGGAUGGCGCUGUACAGAUAGACUUGUGAAUUGUUCCAAGUAUGAAGAAGGCUUUUGUACACGAUAUGCAGACUUUGCGAAAUAUAAUUGUGCAAAAUAUUGUGGAAUUUGCUUUGCAGAUAGCUAUGGUAGGAAAUUCCUGGUAAGACUACCUUUAAAGUCUUUGCAAAAAUGCUGGAUUUUAGUGACAUCACUCAAUGAAAAUACCCACGUUGGAGUGACAAUAAAAAAAUACGUCAGUAAUCAACCACCUGAAGUAGAAUCCAUUUCCAGUGAACGAGGAGAUGAAGAUGACGGAAUAUAUUAUAAUUGUUCAAACAUGGAUAACAUUCUCAAUUUUGAAAUAAUAAGUGAUGACGAUGUUGCUGUAGUUGUAUAUUACAUUUAUGGCGAACAGAAUACGGAAAUAAGAAGCUCAAGAAUAUACCCAGUUGAUAUAUAUGGGACAGAGUUCAUGCUUUUUGCACAUGAUAAAACGGCUAAACAAUGCUGGUUUAUAUCUGAGCAUGUAGAUGUUAAUGUUACAGUAUUCUUCUUUGGUAAUCCUGGUCCAUUUAAAGACUCUGAGAGCAUUUCUGUUCUUGAACGUUCUGUGUUUAUGUUGGAAAAUAAUAAUGAAAUUUCUGGAACCAGUUUUGUUUUUAAUAAACCGUCUAUGGUGUAUUGUUAUGAUAAAAAGACAUUAACUGCUUUAAACUAUUUCCUACCGGUUAACACAUGGUCUAACGAAUACGUUGUCCCUACCGCUGAAAUUGAAUCAAAUGAACGUCAGUUUAAAGGCAUUUUGCACAUCGUUUCGUAUACUGAUAACAAUAUUGUGACAAUAUCUGGCGGCUUUGAUGCUAAACAUGCAAUUUAUAACAAAGGAGAUAAGAUUGAACAAGAAAUAGACGUAGCUGUACCAUAUCGUUUAACAUCAGUAGGAAAUAUCGCGGUUGGAUUAUAUCUACAAGAUAAUGAGGAUUCCAGCAAAUAUACAUUCAGUUUGUUACCUUCCACUGAAAAUCAUCACGACACUAUUUUGACAUCCGUCCCGGCAAAUCGUUAUACUGAUAUGGAUACUACAAACACAGAAUUUUCGACAUUUUCGGUCGACCGAAACCUUGUUGAAAGAAAUGAGAAAAUGUUGUUAGGCAGAGACAGUCACUCAGAGCUAUUCGAACAGAAAGUAACCACUGACGAAUCCAAAUAUGAAAUUGCAAUGUUGCAUUCAGGCAAUAGAUGGCUAUUCGUUCCGGGAAAUAUAAAAGCAAAAUUCCUUUUACAGCAAGAGAAGAAUAUCUGCAGAAUAUCAAAGUCGACACACGGUGAUGGGAUUGACAAUGACUGUGAUGGUUUGAUAGAUGAAGAUGGUUUCUAUGAUGACGGUUACGGGGUUUAUAAAGAAGAUAAUGAUCUUGACGGGGACUUUGGGGAAGAUUUCGGUGGUGACAACAUUUCAGGUGAGUGUUACAUAUUUCACUUGUUUCAAUUCUCUACAAAAAUUAUGAUUUAAAAUAAUACUAACAAAAGCUUAAUAUCAUAAGUUGAAUGAAAUAGAAUAUUGAAAAAUAAGUUAUAAGAAUAAAGUGUAACAACGCGAAUCAGAAGGCGUUAUUACGCGGAAUGAAAGUUGCAGUAUUGUGAAUAAAGGCGUUAUAAGGCAAACAUGUGCGUAAGAACGCAAAAAAUGGCCUUUAACACCAGGAAAGGCGUACUUACGCAAAAAACGUUUUAAUGCGAUGUUAUAGACGUCAUAACGUGGAACGUGUUACUAACUGGUCACUAUAAGUAAAAAUAAACUAGAUGCGCGGUAAUAA